AUGGAUGACUUUUAUUCUUCUAUAUGGCUUCAUCAAGAGGUAUCAUCACAUGUUCAUUUUGUGGUUCGUCGAUUUCCUUUGAAUAUUUUUAAAUAUAAAUUCUUGUCUACAACUUCUGAAAUGCAGAGCAUUGAUGGAAUAAGACAGAAUCUGCAGAACACUCUGUUGGAGCUAGAAACAUUGAAAAUGGAAGCCAAUGAGAAAGCAAGAACGCAUAGAGAAGAAGUCGAUCAACUUCUCACUCUACUCGAGUCCACUCAGCAAGAACGAGAUGAAGCUAGACAACAACUAUCUCAGUUUCUCAUCCAAACCCAAAACACUAAUUCAAGAACCACCACUGAAUCAAACAGCUUCUCUGGUGACGGAUCUUCUUCUCCUCCUUCUUCCUCAGAACUCUCAAGCUUCAUCAUGACCAUUCAUCAUUCUCAACCGUCGAUGAUCCGCGAAGAUCCAACGGCUCGUAAUCAUCAUCAGCACGAUCCUCUAGACGUUCUAGUGAUGGGGAAGGCUUUUCCGGAGACGGGAAAACUUUUAAAAGCGGUGGUGGAAGCUGGACCGCUUCUUCAAACGCUUCUUGUGGCGGGACAACUGCCGAAAUGGGUAAACCCGCCGCCUCAAACGCAAACGCAGCGUUUUGAGUUACCUCCUCUCUUGUUUGAAGGGUGUGAAUAUGUCAGUAGUAGUGGCGCGUCGGGACGAUGUGAUUCACUGAUGUGUUCCGGUAUGAGAUUCGGUUCGGUUUUUGAUCAAACGACGUUAACCCGGAAGAGGCAGAGAUUAGAGUAG